AUGAAUGAAGAAGAGAUUUCCACCUUGCACGCCCCAAAACAGCCUAUAUUAGGUGAAUAUCCUGCACGAAAAUUCGGCAGUGAAACAUUUGUGCGACGAUUUCAGCCUGAAUGGUACAAGAAAUAUCCAUGGAUUAGUUACGAAGUGGAUAAAGAUGCAUGCGUUUGUUUUGCCUGUAAAGAAUUUGGGAAGAAUACUUCAUUUGUGCUUACAAAUUGGAAGAAGUCGUCAAAGCUGGCAAAACAUGGCAAGAGUGAGAACCACGUCAGAUCCAUGACAAGAUGGCUCCAGUUUAAAGCAAUGGAAAGAAAGAAAACCUCCGUACUACAACAGCUGAAUAGUGCACACCAGGACCAGGUUGCUAUUAACAGACAAUACUUAAAAGUAAUCAUACAAUCUUUGAUGUACACUGCACAACAAAAUGUUGCAAUUAGAGGUCAUGAAGAGAUUCGGGGUGAUAUAUGGGAGAUAUCUGAUAUAAAUAGAGGAAACUUUCUCGAGUUACUUUGCAUAAGAUGCAACGAUUUGCCUUGGCUGAAAUCUAAACUUCAAAGCCAGCUGCAGACACAUGCUCAGUGGACAUCCCCUGCUAUUCAAAAUGAACUACUGGAAAUAGUAGCAAGUGUCAUGCUUGAGAGGAUAGCAGAAGAAGCAAGAAGUAGCGACUACUACGGAAUAGUUGUCGAUGAAACGGCAGACAUCAGUCGAACAGAGCAAUUAUCUCUUUUCCUCAGAUAUGUUUUCAAUGGCGAAACCAAAGAGACAUUCACUGGUUUCUAUUCAACCAAAUCUACGGAAGGAGAAGUAUUGUAUGAGCUGUUAAAGACAGCCAUUGGCAGGCUAGAGUUGACAUUGGAAAACAUUGUCGCAGAAUGCUUUGAUGGCGCUGCAAAUAUGAGUGGCCCUCGCAAAGGACUUGCUGCACGCAUGAAGGAGUGCUCACCUCUUAGCAUCUAUGUUCACUGCCAUGGGCAUCGGCUUAACUUGGCGCUACAAGAUACGAUGACUACAAUUGAGCCACUUCAGAAAGCUUUAGGUGUGAUCCAGAGUCUCCAUAAUUUCUUGGAAGGAAGUCCCAAACGCCACUCCAUCUUCAAUGACAUCAAGGUCGAAGAUGAGGACGAAGAUAUUACACUGACUAUUAAAUCGCAGAGUGCUACUAGAUGGUCUUGUCGUUGGGCAGCUGUAAAGCAGUAG